AUGAACGGGAUAAACUGCCAUUUGCCACCCAAACGCUCGGCAGCGUCACUCUCAGUUCCGGGAUCAAUCGGAAUCGCUGCUCUCACCGAGAAGCUGAGACCUGCCGGCGAAAGUGAAAGGGAUCGAUUCCGAGGAAUCAGCGGCUCACAUUGGUGCAUUAUGGAACUGACCCCCUUCUCAAAGGGACUAUGGGCAGGUGACAACAAAUUUCUACACCAUCUCUUCACUGACAUAUUAACCAGUGUGCACAUUACCCGGGAGAUUCCCGAGGACGCGAUCUUUGGCCCGUGUCUCCUCCAGAACACCUUUUAUGACACUGUAGCUUUCAUUGCGUUGAAGUCUUCGGAUCGGAGAAGCGCCCCGUACGUGUUCAGGGUAGAUGCAACAGCAAUUAGCAGUAACACGGAUGGAGUAUCCUGGUUGAAACUGGUCCAGGCGGCUAACAACACGAAGGAACAGAACCUGGAAGCCUAUCUGAAAAGUGGUCAGCUGUAUUACCGCUCCACUAGAAGGAUCAACAAAGACGAGGAGCUGUUUGUCUGGUAUGACAGCGAGCUAUCCACACUCCUCGGAUUCACUGAUAUCAAAACUCGAGCUGACUCCAACACCUUUAGGUGCGUGGACUGCGAUCAGGAACUGAAAUAUGAGAAUCCAUACUUGGCUCACGUCCGUUUCCUGUGUGGCAAAAGGAAAGAGGGUCUGGCCUGGAGGGACUUGCAGGCGCUGGGGGCUGCCCAGAGCUCUCUGCUGAGAGAGCCAGAGCGGAUCAUCGAGGACAGAGCCACCAACUUCCACAGGAUCGCCCACGACCUGGAGCACUCGAAGCGCAAACCUGGCGCCCAGGAGGAGAGCAGGCCCCCGGCCGCCAGCAAGAGGAAACAAGACGGAGGGGAGGAGAAUAAAGUCCGCAAAACCGUUCUGUUGGAGAAGACAAACCGUUUAGCCAGUGAGCAGGGAGAGCAGCUUUCAAAAGAAGGCGCCAGUGUCCGCCCGGCCCUCGCCGUCUCCGUUUGGAGACUUCACUCAGACAAGUUCAUGUUGAAGAAGGAUUCGGCGGGGCAUAACACCAGUGCUUUCACCGAGGUGCGGAGGCUCAGAGACAAGGUUAGGGCUGACAAAGCCGAGGGGAAUGAUAAAGAGGGCGAGUCUGACCUGACCAGGAAGGUCGGUCUAAGAACGGACGUGGUUCUCAGUUCCACAGGGAGCGCCUUCUCCUCAGUGUUACCUUCAAGUGCCCGCGAACAACAGAAGAGUGCGUUUUGCCAGCCCCACAGGAGGACAGCCUUGGGUCCUUCAAUGCUGGUAGCACACACCCUGCACUCUCCCAGCGAGUGCUCUCGGGAUUUCCCUGAUUGUAUCCCUUCCACCGGUCUCCCUGGCCACACCAGUCUGUUGGGAUCCAAGCUCCUCAGUGCUGAGUUUGGUGGCUCCCACAUACUGCACACCAGCGUCAGUACACACAGCCCGUUUCUGUACAGCACCGAGCUGUGGCCAAAGCCAGUGGGAGUGCAACUCCAGUCCACCUCCUCCCUGACCCUGCUGCCGCCGUCCUACACCUCCUUCGCAGUGUCCGCUCAGAACUGGUGCGCCAAGUGCAACGCCUCCUUCCGGAUGACCUCCGACCUGGUGUUCCAUAUGAGGUCCCACCACAAAAAGGAAUACGCCACCGACUACCUGAGCCAGAGGCGCAGGGAGGACAAGCUGACGUGUCCCAUUUGCAAUGAGUUCUUCAGGGAGCGCCACCACCUCUCGAGGCACAUGACAUCGCACAACUGAGGGUCCGCACUCGGAACUGAAGAGAGCGAGGUUAAUCGCCCCUGUGCUCAGAGUGUCUUUACAAGCUGGGGGCAUGGCCCUGGUUAAGAGGGACUGACUGGCGAGCGAGCAGUCUAAAUCUCAAAAAUAAGUUUGCAAAACACUGGAUUUAUUUAGAGCGGGCAACUGAAUCCGGAAUACAAAGGACUUCCAAUGUAAUCCUAGUUGCAUUUUCAAAAUAAUAUCUAGAAAUAACUGCAUUUAUUCCAAAAGUCCCCCUUUACAGCCAUUUUGAACACGGUUAUGUACAGUCAUAAUUUCUGUUUUUAAGUACUAUGAACUUCAUGUAAAGACAAUAGACGCUGCAACUGGUAAAGCGACCUUCAAUUUUCAUUUCUUCUCGUUUGGAUAAUUCCUUUUGAGAAUACACUGUAUGUACCUGCAGUCCAGUUGUUACAAAUAUGUGUCAUUCAUUCUUGUAAGUCUGGUUGCCCUAUUGAAUUACACAGUCUGAUAUUGUCCCAACAGUAAGGAGACUGACUGCACGCCAUCAAUUUGCACAACAGCCCUCGAAAUUAUUAAGAGUGUGGCUGAUCAUGUGUUCGAACAGAGCCUGGUAAUUGCUUUGAAAUUGACAUAUAAACACAUAACACAUCA